AUGACGGUGAAGGAGUUGGCUGCUGUUGCGAACCGUCCGUCCAGUCGUCUGUUGGCUGCACUGAAUUCCGGAAUAUUAAAUUCAGGGAAGGCCUCUCUUGGUUCCAAAUUGGAAGAUCAUAGAUUAUUAGUCGAGCUGGUGAAGUUGAUGGGUCUGAGACCUGUGUUCAAGACAAAUCCCGUUGCCACCGUAAUAACCGACAGGGAUGCACAUCCAAGGCCGCCAGCUUGUCCUGCCGAUUGUGUUCCACGCCCACCGGUUGUUGCCGUUCUGGGACAUGUGGAUCACGGUAAAACCACUCUGUUAGACGCCUUUCGUGCAAGCCGAAUGGUCGAUGGCGAGUUUGGUGGAAUAACCCAACACAUUGCCGCCUUCACUGUCUCCCUGUCUUCGGUUGCCGUUCAGGCUGGUGUAGCUGAUCUGGCCGAUUCAUUGUCGGACAUUCUUUCGGACCACAUUACUUUUGUCGAUACACCAGGACACGCAGCGUUCUCAGCCAUCCGAGCUCGAGGUGCCGCAGCGACUGACAUCAUGGUCUUAGUGGUGGCCGCUGAUGACGGUGUCAUGCCGCAGACUGUGGAAUCCAUUCGUUUUGCCAAGGAACAAAACACACCCAUCGUCGUGGCCAUAAACAAAAUCGAUAAAAAGGAAGCGGAUGUGGCCUGUGUGAUCGAGGAGCUGGCUUUGCACGGUGUUGUCGUGGAACAACUUGGUGGUGAAAUUCAGUCGGUUGAAAUUUCUGCCUUGAAACGUAUAAACUUACACAGAUUGUUGGAAGCCAUCUGUCUGCAAGCGGAACUCAUGCAGAUCCGUGCAGAUCCAACCGGACCGGCCGAGGCUGUGGUGCUUGAGUCCAAACUGGAGCAUGGGAUCGGCAAAGUUGCCACCUGUUUGGUAACUCGAGGCCAACUUCAGAAGACCCCAGCUAGCGGCCCGUUGGUUGCAAGUGAAGCUAUUUGCAGCCCACGUAUGAUACUGAACGAUCGUGGUGAACGGAUUACCUCCGUCAGUCCAGGUUACGUCGCGAAGGUCGCUGGAUGGAAAGACUUACCUCCGGCGGGCUCUCUCGUGUUGGAACUGACGAGUAUGUCCGAAGCUACUGAAGUCAUCCGGUUCCGUCGAAAUAUCCGUAUGCAGAAGAAGGCUGAAGAGGAUCACAGUGCCUACCUUGACAAAAUGGCUCCUUAUCAGGAACAGUAUAACGAGUUUCUGCGCGAGCGGGCGAAAUCCCCUCGGGUCAUGUGGCGCAAACUUUCAGCGAAUCGUCCUGAUUUCCAGUCAGUCAUUCAGGCCACUCAGAGCGGUGUUCCGGUGUUGCCUCUUUUGAUCAAGACAGAUGUGCAUGGCAGUUUGGAAGCCAUUCGGACCAUUCUGUCCACCUGUCCUUCGGACGAAUGCGUCCUCGAGUUCGGACAAUCAGGUGUCGGUCCGCUCACCGAAUCCGAGGUGGAAACAGCGGAAGCACUGGAUGCCACAGUGCUUCUGUUCAACGUAACCCCUUUACCACGUGCCGUACAACUCGCCGAAUCUCUCCAUGUUUCUGUCAGACAGCACAAUAUCAUCUACCGUUUGGCAGAGGAUGUACGGGAAAUGGUAAAUCAGCUGUUACCGUCAUCAUUUGUGGAGAAAGUGGUCGGUGAAGCGGAGAUUUUACAACUUUUUGAAGUCAAGGAAUCUCGUGGGGGCGGGAGCAAACCUCUGCGUAUUCCGGUGGCUGGAUGUCGUUGUACAAAAGGGGUACUUCUGGCAGGUGGUCAGGGAGCACCAAAAUUGCCACCAGAUCAAGCACUACUCGGGGAGGUUGUUGCCGUACACUACCGUCUAAUCCGCCCAACUCGAUCGUCCUCCAACGUGAACGAAGACCAUUCUGAUGGCGACGAAGCGGGUACAGUGUUGGUAAGCCGAGCCAUCUGCCGCUCUCUGCGACACGAGCGAACCGCGGUGGAUUCGAUCCGCAAAGGAGUCGAAUGUGGACUCGCGCUAACAGAUCCCGAGAUCUCUGCUGGAAGUAGCAAAGGAAAGCUCAGGGUGUUGGAUCCUUCAGAGAAUUUCAUCUCGAAUUGGCAAGUUGGUGAUGUGGUCCAGUGCUACGUGCUAUUGAGGGAACAUCGGAAAAGUCGCUGGGAGUUCGAGACAAAGACGUCUUCCACACAUGAUAGCUAGUGCCGAAUUUGUUCAGUCUCACUUUUCCGGUCGUCAUUAAGACAGAUGCAGAGAGCCAUGUCGCCUGUACAUAAAUCCUGUCAGUCUUUCAAAGUAAUCCUCACAUGUAACACGUACUGUUUCACAAUACAAAAACUGAGCAUGCUUUCUGAC